GUUAACAUUUGUCGAAAAAUACAUUGGUGUUUGACAAACCAAAGUUUCCUAGGUCGUCAAACCAAUGUAUUUUAAAUGGGACAUCAAACAAAAUCUGUUUGAAGGAAAAAUUCUGCCGCCGCCGUUGUUAAUAUUUGUCGGUGCCCUGGGCUCUGGAUAAAAGACGCUAAAUUUUUAUCUCUUUUGUAGAAAAAACAAACAAAUUUGGCAAUUAAAUAAGAAAAGAAAUACUUUUGAAAAAUGAGUGGUGUCAAACCCAAAGAUUUAAUACAUGAAAUCAAAAUAAGACCGGGUAUUUACAACAGAGAUGUUUUAGAGCAUCCGCGCCGUGAGCACAAACAUCAAUUGUGGCUAGAGGUGGCGGAACGUUUAACGCCCGCCGAAGAUUGGGAAAGCUAUACAGAUGUGGAAAAGGAGGCAAGAAUGGAUGAAAUAGCUGGAAAAUGGAAACACAUAAGAGCCAACUUUUAUCGUGAGAUCAAACUAAUCGAAGCAGGAGAAGCUAAUAAGAAACGUAAAUAUUUAUAUUUUGAUGAUAUGGAAUUUAUGCGACCUUUUGUGGGCUACAAAUUGCCACCUAUGAAAAGAGAUAAAAAAUCCAACGAUUCGUUAGAUGAUAUCGAGGAAUUUGAGAAUAAUGAUAGUGAUAUGGAUUUGGAAACGCUGCUUAAGACUACCACUAAAGAGCACGAUGACGAGGAGGAGGAGCUACAGCAGGAGGAAGAUGUAGAAGAACUUAAUACUAGUGUAGGAACACGAACCCGAUCCAAACGUAUCAUUAAGCCCACACUUAAGGCCAAACAAAAUAAACCCACCACCACCGCUACUACUAGCUCACCGGUAGGCGGUAAACGUGUACAAAAAGAAUCUAUUAUAAAAAAUUUCGAUGUUUUAAAGAAAUCCAAUGUGAGCGCUAGUAAUCCCUCCUUUAAAAUACGUGAUGGUGAUAUCUCCUUUUGUCUAUCAUUAGUGCCCACUUUAAGGAAAUUGGGUGAUAGUCGCAAAUUGAGAGCCAAAAUAGAAAUUCUUAAAGUUUUACACCGUUAUGUGGAACACAUUGAAAAACGCAAUCUAAUCAAUCGCUCAAAUGCUAAUAGCAGUAAUCAUAAUAAUUCUAGCAAAAAUCCAGCAGAUUUAAUAGAGGAAAUGGCUGAUGAUGAUCAUUCAGAUCAUGAGUAUGGCGAGAGUAGUGUUAAUGUUAAACGUGAACGUGGUGAUCCCUUAAAUGGUGGUGAAAAUGCUGGUGGCGGAGGUAAUACCAAAACCUGGUGGACUUAACCAGUUAUAAAAAUAUGAAAUAAUAAAAUUGUUUAUUUAGUUAAGUUUAUGAGAUAAGUAUAUUUAGAUUGAUGAGUAGAAAGUUAGAUUGAACGAAAAUGUAUAAAAUUUAAUUUAAAUAAAAAUACUUUUAAUUUUGAGAGUAA